AUGGUAGCGACGACGACAGAACAAUUGACCGCUUUGGCUGGUACCACAGUCAUCGUACACCCACUAGUUCUACUAUCAGUAACAGACCACCACGCCCGGUCAAACCAACGGACAUCGAAUAAGCGUGUUAUCGGUGUCCUUCUGGGUCAGGACAACGGCAAGACCAUCAACGUCGCAAACUCCUUUGGCAUCCCUUUCGAAGAAGAUGAAAAGGACAGCAAGACGUGGUUCUUGGACCACAACUAUAUCGAAGCCAUGUACGACAUGUUCAGGAAGGUCAAUGCAAAGGAACGCUUAAUCGGGUGGUACCACACCGGUCCCAAACUGCGCGCCUCGGACCAAGAAAUCAACGACCUCUUCAAGCGGUACAUCGCCCGCCCCGUGAUGGUCAUUGUCGACGUCCGCCCAGACACAGUCGGUAUCCCCACAGACGCCUACUUUGGCGUCGAAGAAAUCAAAGACGACGGAACCGAAACGCGCAAAACCUUCCUCCACGUACCAUCCGCGAUCGAGGCCGAAGAGGCUGAGGAAAUCGGCGUGGAGCACCUCCUCAGGGAUAUCAAGGAUUCUACUACGACGACGCUGGCGACUAGGGUGGCUGAGCAGCUCGCGUCCUUGCAGGGCCUGCAGUCGAGGGUAUCGGAUAUCCAGAAGUACUUGGUGCAGGUGGCCAAGGGUGAGGUACCGAUAAACCAUCAAGUCAUCUACCAUCUCCAGGAUGCGCUCAACUUGCUGCCGGAUUUGGAUGGGGACAAGGAACUGACGCAGGGCUUUGCGGCGAGCACGAAUGACCAGAUGUUGGUGGUUUAUUUGAGCAGUUUGUUGAGGGCGGUUAUUGCGCUGCAUGCGUUGGUGGACAACAAGGAGACGAUUGGCAGAGCAGAGUUGGAGGAGGGUGAGGGGAAGAAUAAGGAUAAGACGAAGGAUGGGAAGGAGAAGGAGAAAGAAAAGGGGAAGGACGAGAAGAAGGACGAUUCGAAGGAGGGUGAGGCGAAGAAGGAUGAAGAGAAGAAGCCUUGA